AUGGGUGAGAGUUGGAAGUUGAGAGGUCAUAGUAUGAGGUAAAAAGGUAGCUAGCGGGUGCUGCAAAGCUUGCAUCCAUCUCGCGCCGUUAACUUUCAUAAAUGCAAUUUUUAUAACCGAUAAUAAUCAUUUUGCUUCUACUUAGCAUGCGUUUACUACAACCAGGCGUCUGAAAAAUAGGUUUCGCUUCAGCAACUGGUUUUAUGCUAGCUGGCUAGUAUGUCGCAACCAAGUUGUUGACAUUUCGUCCGGCCGCACCCGACUGGUGCUCAUUUGUAGCGAAUUUGGUGCGAAGAACAUUCAGGUAUGGCGGUGUCUGUGCGGGGGCUGUACUUUGUGGUGACCCUGUUUCUGGGCAGUUUCUUUGGCAGCAUCUUCAUGCUGGGCCCUGUACUACCUCUAAUGCUGCUGUCACCCUCCUGGUACCGCUGGAUCACAGACCGUAUCGUGGCCACCUGGCUCACCCUGCCCGUGGCCCUGCUGGAGCUGGUGUUUGGGGUUAAGGUGGUGAUCACGGGUGAUGGCUUCAUCCCAGGGGAGCGCAGUGUGAUCAUCAUGAACCACCGGACGCGUCUGGACUGGAUGUUCCUGUGGUGCUGCCUGCUGAGGUACAGCUACCUGCGCCUGGAGAAGAUCUGCCUCAAGGCCGCCCUCAAAGUUGUGCCAGGCUUCGGCUGGGCCAUGCAGGUGGCCUGCUUCAUCUUUAUCAAGCGUCGGUGGGAGGAGGACCGCAGCCACAUGGAGAACAUGCUGGAGUACUUCUGUGACAUCAGAGAGCCCCUGCAGCUCCUCCUCUUCCCUGAGGGCACUGACCUCACCGACUACACUAGAGCAAGAAGUGAUGACUUUGCGGAAAAGAACGGCCUGCCUAAGUUUGAAUAUGUGCUGCACCCCCGCACCACCGGAUUCACCUUCAUCGUGGACACUCUCCGCAAAGGAGACAACCUGGAUGCCGUCCAUGACAUCACUGUGGCCUACCCCAAGAACAUCCCUCAGACGGAGCGCCACCUGAUCCUGGGGCAGUUCCCCCGGGAGAUCCACUUCCAUGUGCGCCGCUACGAGGCCUCCGCCCUGCCCACAUCCCCUUCCGCCCUGGAGGCCUGGACCCAGGAGCGCUGGGCAGAGAAGGAGGUCCGCCUGAGGGACUUCUAUGCCGCUGAGCCCCGGGGCUUUGACAGGGAAGGCGUGUGCCGCGUGCCCCCUUGUAAGACGGAGCUCCGCGUGGCUCUGAUCAAGGCAGCAUCUCUGUUCUACUGGAGCUCCUUCAUAGCCUUAUCCUUCGCAGGCCUCUGGCUCUGGGCCCCGCUCCGUCUGUACUUCUUGGUGAUGAUGGGCAUCUACUUCGGCCAGCAGAAGCUGAUAGGAGGGCUGGAACUGCUGGAGCUGGCCUGUCAUCGCUACUGGAAGUCUGUGACUGGGGACGAGAAGAAAAAGGUGGUGGACAGGAACGGGAAGAAGGAGUGAGGAGGAAGGGACGGCAGGAGGCUAACGUUUCUGCAGUGUUCAGUGGGGAUGCUGAGGCCUGAGUCCACAGUUGGGCUUAGUGCAUAUGCUGGAGG